CUUUGCCGCCGCCGCCGCCGCCGCCGCCGCCGCCCCCAGGUUUCCUCCAGGCCCUGCGCCCUAUGGACCCACAGGCUGGUUUUUCUGGUUUGCUCCCCCAAGGCGAUUUGCACCUUUCUCUGAAGAACCAUCCAGAAGCUGAACAGCCUGCCUUUGGACUCACAGAGAGGGGAGGCCCACGGUUGCUUCUCGAAACCUCAGGCUGGGAAUGGCCGCAUGGACCAGGCCAGGCCCCAGGCAGCCCCCGGUGGCAGAGCCUGCUGCAGAGGAGCCGCAUCCGCCCCUGGGCCGCGAGCUGACUGAGGCCAACCGCUUCGCCUAUGCCGCCCUCUGUGGCAUCUCCCUGUCCCAGCUCUUCCCAGAACCUGAGCAGAGCUCCUUCUGCACCGAGUUUGUGACGGGCCUGGUGAGGUGGCUGGCGCUGUCCGAAGCCGUCCUGCCGACCAUGACUGCUUUCACCAGCGGCCUGGGGAGCGAAGGGGCAGAACUGUUCGCUCAGAGUAUAUCGAAGGACCCCGCCCUGCAGGGCAGCCUGGGGGCCAUCACGCAGGACCUUCUGAGCUUCUCACUCAAGGACGGGCGCUAUGAUGCCCGGGCCAGAGUACUCGUUUGCCACAUGACCUCCCUGCUCCAGGUGCCCUUGGAGGAGUUGGACGUCCUUGAAGAGACAUUCCUUGAGAGUCUGAAGGAAACCAAGGAGGAGGAAUCUGAGACGGCUGAGGCAUCCCGGAAGAAGAGAGAAAACCGGAGGAAAUGGAAGCGUUACCUUCUGAUAGGCCUGGCCACCGUAGGAGGAGGGGCCGUGAUCGGUGUGACCGGCGGUCUGGCUGCCCCCCUUGUUGCUGCUGGAGCUGCGACGAUCAUCGGCAGCGCCGGGGCGGCAGCGCUGGGCUCAGCAGCUGGCAUUGCCGUCAUGACCUCUCUGUUCGGUGCAGCGGGAGCUGGCCUGACGGGAUACAAGAUGAAGAAGCGGGUGGGAGCCAUUGAGGAGUUCACGUUCCUGCCCCUGACGGAGGGCAGGCAGCUGCACAUCACCAUCGCCAUCACUGGGUGGCUCGCGUCCGGCAAAUACCGUACCUUCAGCGCCCCCUGGGCGGCCCUGGCUCGAAGCCAGGAGCAGUACUGCUUGGCCUGGGAGGCCAAGUACCUGAUGGAGCUGGGCAACGCCCUGGAAACCAUCCUCAGUGGUCUUGCCAACAUGGUGGCCCAGGAGGCCCUCAAGUACACUGUGCUGUCUGGCAUCGUGGCGGCCUUGACCUGGCCGGCCUCACUCCUCAGUGUCGCCAACGUCAUCGACAACCCCUGGGGGGUGUGUCUCCAUCGAUCGGCCGAGGUUGGCAAGCACCUGGCUCACAUCCUGCUCUCCCGGCAGCAGGGCCAGCGACCUGUCACCUUGAUUGGGUUCAGCCUGGGAGCCAGAGUUAUCUACUUCUGUCUGCAAGAGAUGGCUCUGGAGAAAGAUUGCCAAGGGAUCAUCGAGGACGUCAUCCUGCUGGGUGCCCCCGUGGAAGGAGACCCCAAGCACUGGGAGCCUUUCCGGAAGGUGGUGUCCGGGAGGAUCGUCAAUGGCUACAGCAGGGGAGACUGGCUGCUCAGCUUCGUGUACCGCACGUCCUCCGUGCAGUUCCGCGUCGCCGGCCUUCAGCCUGUGCAGCUGCAGGACCGCAGGGUGGAGAACGUGGACCUGUCCUCGGUGGUCAGCGGCCACCUGGACUAUGCCAAGCAGAUGGAUGUCAUCCUGAAGGCCGUGGGCGUCCGCACCAAGCCAGGCUGGGGCCAGAAGGGGCUCUUGCUGGCCCCAGGCGGCCCGCCCCAGGAGGAGCCUCGGCAGGCAGCGGCAGACAAGACCAGCCGCCAGGAUGGGCAGACCCAGGGUCCCGCACCCAGAGACACCGCCAGAGCGUCCGCUGACCCCAGCCAAGCCCAGGAGCCAGUGGGGCCGCAUCCAUCUGAAGGGGCCUCGCUUCCUGCCGCUGCAGGCCCAGCCGGGAGCCCCCCUAUGUGCAGCCAUGGUGUGGACCCCAACCCACUGGGCUGCCCUGACUGUGCCCGCGAGACCCAGGGCCCCUGCCCGGGGCUGGACUGACCCCAGCGGGGGACCUGGGCCAUCUCUCGGGUUUCUAUAUGCAGCUUUGGUUCCGCUGAGCCCCCAGGUGAGGGCUGAGGUGGGCAAAUCCCUGCAGAGGCCGCUCCUGAGAUGCAGGGGUCAGACUUGAAGAGGGACCAGAAGGAAGGACAGUGGGGGACAGUCCUUCCCUGGGGAGCAGAGGCUGCAAGGCCAGCCCAGCCCGGCGGGAGCCCAGGACUCCCAGGCAGCGGGGGCUGCCUGCACCCCAGGUCCCAGCUGUGGGGUCUGGCUGUCCAGGAGGUCCCGAGAGAUGUGCGGGGCUGGGACUCCCAGCCACCUGCCUCCCCGGGCCCACUCACCGGCACCCACAGGGGCGCAGGUGCCCAGGGGGCAGCUCCCUCUCUCCACUCAGUACACGGACCAGCUCUGUCCCGCGCAGUCCUGCCGUCUGGGCACAGCACAACUAUAGGAGCAACAGUCACGUAGCUGUGACGUUGUAAGCAGCCCCCAGAGCUGCGCCAUAUCAUGGGCUGGAGCAGUAAAUGCCGAAUCAGCACAUGGAGUGGCGGGAACUGGGCCCAGCGACAAGAAUGGAUCUCAGGGGAAGGGUCUCCUACAGCAGGAACAGGGAGGAAAUUAAUAAAAAAUAAUAUGAGCGGCAA